AAUGCGUCAUCGAUAUUAGCAUUGACUGGUUUAUUUAUUUAUCCAAUAGUAGCAGUUACUAAUAUAAAAUAUAAGCAACCGUUCUGUGUGUUUUACGUUUUACACAACACGUGUGCGAAGAGAAAAUGGCUGACCACAUGGAGGCAACUACAAAUGGCCCGAGCAGUACUGUCAAUGGAGAAAAUGGAGAGGAGAUGACAUCAAAAGAUUACUACUUUGACUCAUACGCCCACUUUGGUAUUCAUGAGGAAAUGCUGAAAGAUGAAGUGCGCACGCUGACAUACAGGAACUCUAUCUAUCACAACAAGCACCUGUUCAAGGGCAAGGUUGUGCUCGAUGUUGGCUGUGGUACAGGCAUACUCUGCAUGUUUGCUGCCAAGGCUGGGGCUGCGAAAGUUAUUGGGAUUGAAUGUUCCGGCAUCAUCGAUCAUGCAAGGAAAAUAAUCGAGUCCAACAAGCUAGACAAAAACAUAGUGUUGGUGAAGGGCAAGGUAGAAGAGGUGGAGCUACCUGACGGCAUCGAGAAGGUAGACAUCAUCAUCUCAGAGUGGAUGGGAUACUGCCUGUUCUACGAGUCCAUGCUGCAGACAGUGCUAUAUGCUAGAGAUAAGUGGCUGGCUCCAGAUGGUAUGAUCUUUCCAGACAGGGCAACCCUGUAUGUGACGGCCAUUGAGGACAGGCAGUACAAGGAUGAGAAAAUCAACUGGUGGGACAAUGUUUACGGAUUUGAUAUGAGCACUAUCAGGAAGGUGGCCAUCUCUGAGCCCCUAGUGGAUGUCGUGGACCCUAAACAGGUUGUCACCACACCCUGCCUUGUCAAGGAGGUUGACAUCUACACAGUAAAGGAGGAAGACCUUCAUUUUACAGCCCCGUUCCACCUGACAUGUCGACGCAAUGACUAUGUGCACGCUCUCGUCACAUACUUCAACAUUGACUUCACCAAGUGUCACAAGAAGACCGGCUUCUCCACAGCCCCCGAGGCACCGUACACCCACUGGAAGCAGACCGUGUUCUACUUUAACGAGACAGAUCUGACUGUGAAACGUGGCGAAGAGAUCACUGGGACCAUCACCAUGCAGCCGAACAAGAAGAACAAUCGUGACCUUGACUUUGAGGUAGAGGUCCAGUUUGAGGGGGAGCUCUCUAACAUGGCCGAAACUCUCCGAUACAAGAUGCGAUAGGACCAGCAGCCGGGCUGCCAUGGCAACAAAAGAUGACUCCAGACUCCUGGGAAUGUAUUCCACCAGGCUGUGAUAACUUGCCUCCCUUUCAAUGGGACUCGUUAGCUCGUGUUACCAAUAUGCCUUCGUGCAUCGACCUUUACAAGGUGUUAGCUUCGUGGAUAAUGCCAUAGUUUAGAACUUAAUGUCAGUCAUUUAAAUCUCUGUAUGAUCAAUUUCACAUGUAUGAAAAUAUUUUUGUUUAUGGGUAUGAUGAAAUACAUUGAAUGCCUUUUGAUACCAUAAAAUAAACAAAACUAGAAUUUUAUUUUAUGCUUUACUUGUUUACUUAAUUACAUAUGGACAAUUAUUUUAAUGCUUUAAAAUGUUUCAUAAUUUUGUAAUCUUAUGUUAACAAUUUUUAAUUGAAAGUUGUUGUUGUUUUGCACUUAUGACGUUUUGAAAAGACCGGAAAAAUCAAUGCACCAUGUUCAUGGUGGAGCAGCAUGUCUACUUGAUAACUUAAAUUGUAAUAAAUGUCUUGAUCAGAAAUUAUACAAUUUCGGUUCAACUUUACCAAUAGAAUUUGAAUGCUUAUAUAUUUUGGAUUAUUGCCAUCACAUGAGGUAGAUCCGUGCAUGCUCGAGCACUAUGGAAAAAUUUCAAGUGCAAUAUGUUUAAAUCCAUUUAAUACUGGAACUUACAUGAAUUUUCUGUCACUCAGAGAUUCAGAUUGUGGAAUGUGUUUCUAUUGAACAUUCUUUUACUUGCCAUGUCAUAACAAACUUCUUUGUACUACUUCAAAAGAUUGAAACAAAUAUUUGUGCUCUUACAUUUAUAGCACAAACAAAUAUUUUGUAAAAUGUUGGAAUAUAUUUCAGUAUGUCUACCGUAACAAGAUAACAACAUUAAUUCAUUACAAUGGUCUCUACUAUAUUUAUUGUAGUUUUUUCAUUUAACAGAAACCAUGGAGUAAAUUAAUACUGGGUAAUUCCUGCAAGGGAUCAGUGAUGCUCGACUUGAGUACUCGAGUUAAAAUGUGUUUAACAACAAGAAUUCCAUUCUCAUAUAUUGAAUUUUUAAAACUAUUUGCAUAAUGCUGUUAUAGAUGUUUCAUUGAAUUUUUUGUUGUGCUAAUAGUAUCUCAAAAUGUUGUCAUCCUUCAAUAAUGUUUUACAAGGCCAUUUGAUCUGUUGACUGGCCUCUACAUUUUAAGUUGAAUAAAUCAUGUGCAACACA